CAACCCACCACCAAGAAACAUGGCCACGCCGCGCCGCGUUUCCUGCAUCCGCACGCUGCGCCCGAGCCACCGAUCCGCCGCCCAAGCGGACGAGGCCAAGCGGAGCCGCUCCCCCUGCGUCUGCUGCGUGGGGCCCCACCACCAACCCAAAUCGAAGCCCCGCACGCCGCGGAGCGCCCGCCGGGGCCCGCGCGCGGUGGCUCGGCCCGGGCGGUGGUUCCGCGCGGUGCGCCGCUCGUUCGCGCAGGCCCCGUGCAGGUCCAUCGCCGUCGCCGCGCGCGGGGGCGAGGAGGUGAAGGUCUACAACCCGAAGCUCGCGCAGCCGGCCGAGGGCGCCGCGCUCAAGGAAGGGAGCGGCUCGGACGAUGAGUUUAGUUUGCUGUGUAAGGAGGGAUUCUGCCGCGAGGACGUGGCGGCGGUCACCAUCCAGGCCUACUUCAGGGCCCAUCUCGCGCGGCGGGCGUUCCGGGCGCUGAAGAGCCUGGUGAGGCUGCAGGCGGUGGCGCGGGGGGCGUACGUGCGGCGGCAGGCGGAGGUCGCGAUCCACUGCAUGCAGGCACUGGUGCGCCUGCAGGUUCGGGUCCGAGCCAGGCAGCUGCUCAGCAAGUCCAAGGAGGCCCAGCUCCUACAAAACUGAAGAUUUCUGUAGGAUACUCUCCUCAACCUUCUCAGUGAUCGACGCCCUCUGAAGUUUGUAAUCUGAUUGCAUUUUGUCUCAUUUAUGUAUGUUAACCUUUUCCUGUAAUGAAAUUGUGACUUGUUGGCGAAAA